AUGGUUUUUGAUGCUAUUAAGCCAAUCUAUGAAGAAUUAAGCAGUGACGAUCUUCUUAAACGUUGUUUAGGUGGCUACACCCAAAACAGUAAUGAAAAUUACAACGCUUUGAUUUGGUCAAUGGCUCCAAAAUCAGUUUUCAGCGGCAAAGUUAUUAUUGAUACAGCAAGUAAUAUUGCUGUUUGCACAUACAAUGAAGGAUAUUCAAAUCUUAUGAAGAUUAUGAAAGAAUUAAGCAUGACAAUUGGAUCGAACUGCUACAAUUUCUGCCUCGAGACUGACGCGUGGCGCAUCAAGUAUUCGGAGCGCUCGCUGACAGAUGCUGCAAAAGAGGCUCGAUCAUCACUAAAAUCAGCCAAGAAGGAUCAGAAGGAGGAGAACAUCAAUGAGAAAGGCCAAUUCUAUGGUGCAGGUAUCGCAGAUUAAAGG